UUAAUAUGCUCUUAUAUACCCUCACAUUUCAAAACACGAGCAAAAAAUCCCGAGUGUCACAAUUUGAAAUACACUUGACAGUACUUUCUUGUCCCAACAAUAAGUUAAAUGUCUUCUUGGUUUGAACAACAUCCCCUGCAGCCACCCAAUGAAGAAACUCCUCCAAGAAAUUACAGGAACAACAAGAAAUAUAGAGUAAAUAAGCCAAAAAGCUUUGAUGAAUCAAUCUUGAUACCCAAAAAUUCUCCCACAACUUUUGCAGCUAAUUGUUAUAAUUAUUCAUCAUCUGUUUCUCAUGAUUCUUACACAAGUACAAAAGAUAAGAAACUUCAUCCUCUUUUUCCUUUGCCUUUGCCAUUAGAUUCACCUCAAUUCUCUACAAGAUCAAGUAAUGGAUCAUCAUCUACUUCAACUCAGUUCAAUGACGAUGAAGAACAAGGGAUUAGUCCAUUAUUUAGUCCAUUCAGAAAUAAAUGCAAUGAUUGGUCAAGAACUUCAAAUGAGAGUUCAAAAUCUACCUCACCUUGCACUUCACCAACAACAUAUCCAAUGGUAUGGGGAAAGAUUUUGGAUUCUCCAAAUGGAAAACAAAAUAAGUGUAAUCAUCCACGCCAUCCUCUUCCUCUUCCACCAAAUUCUUCUACUAAAACAGGGCAAGCUCUCGAAUCCAGUUGGAAGAAAGGGAAGUUGUUAGCAAGAGGGACAUUUGGACAUGUCUAUGCUGGAUUUAAUAGUGAUAAUGGACAAAUGUGUGCAAUAAAGGAAGUGAGAAUCAUCUUUAAUGACGCAACAUCAAAAGAACAUCUCAAACAGCUGAACCAGGAGAUCACAUUGCUCAGUCAAUUCUCCCAUCCAUACAUUGUGCAAUACUAUGGAAGUGAAUUGCGAGGAGACAAAUUGUCACUCUACUUGGAGUAUGUCCCUGAAGGAUCAAUUCUUAAAUUACUUCAAGAAUUUGGUCCUUUUGAAGAACCAAUUAUCAGCAACUACACUCGAAAAAUUCUAUCCGGAUUAGUCUUCUUGCAUGAGAGAAACAUAGCACACAAGGAUAUUAAAGGAGCAAACAUACUAGUAAAUGCUGAAGGCGAAAUCAAGCUUGCAGACUUUGGAAUGGCUAAACAGAUAAAUUCAUGUUCUCUGAUGGAUUCUUUUGAAGGAAGUCCACAUUUGACGGCUCCAGAGGUAGUAAAGGAUGCAGGAGGUUCCAGUGUUGCUGUAGAUAUUUGGAGCCUAGGUUGUACUGUUCUUGAGAUGGCAACAGCUUAUCCUCCAUGGGGCCAAUAUGAAGGAGCAGAUGGGAAGAACAUUCCUGAAAUUCCCAGGAACCUCUCAGAUAAUGCAAAGAGUUUUUUGAAACUGUGCCUGCAGAGUAAUCCAAGUCUCCGUUCGACGGCUGCUCAGCUGCUACAUCAUCCAUUUGUUCAGGCGUAGUGGUGAGAAAGAGUUAGCCACACACUCCAUCUUGAUGAAAAUCCAUCAUUAAUCGGCCAGUUUUAAGGCUGUGGAUAUUUGCUAACUUGUAUCUAGACAACAGGUUGAGCAGGACUGAUGGUGAAGGAGAGUUGCUAUUUAAACUGUAGUAAGAUGGGAAGGAUCUGGAAUGGAGAAACGAAGCUCAAAAAUCGAGUUAAGACCACAUGCCAAGGAAACGAAAAUGAGCAAGUUGUUAAAAGCUCAAGACUACAAAGCAAAGGGAGUCUUGUGCGUUCAAUUAGCUUAGAGGCAGAUAGGUCAUAAGGAAAUAGACGUUCGAACACGAGAUAUAUCCCAACCCCAGAUACCACCCAAGGGACGGAGGCAAUAGCAGAGACAAGAUUUUCACCAAGGAGUUCAACAUCUAUUAUAUAUACAUAAAAAAUAAAAAUAAAUUGUCUUGUACGUAUAGUGUCAUUUUCCAGAGAAGAGGUUCGUUUCUAGCUCCAACCCCUGGGCUGAGGUAAAGGUUAUCGUUUGAGGGAGUGGGUGAAAGAUGUAUAUCCUAGUAAGAGCAUCAGUUGAGAUAGUACCACACUAGUAGUGGAUCAGUUGCUCUGCCUUAACAGUUGGCAUUCCAUUCAACUUAAUCAUGGAUGACCUCAAAAUUCUCCUUUCA